AUGUCGUGUUGUAUGCAAAAGCUGAGCCUGUCGGCUGCCGCUCACCCUCUCCAGACAUUCCCGACGAAUGUCACUCUCGCUGCCGAGUGGUCCUACCCCUCUUGCCAGCGCUCGUGGGGGAGCGGCCCAAGUCCCCGUGCUGCAUCGCACUCCGUCCGAUCGCCAUCUCAUCUCGUCGCGCCGGCCUUUUCCACCCAUGCGUCUCAGCUGGUCAAGGCGCGCAUGGAAGCCGCGCAUGAAUCCGAGCUUGGCCGUGAGCCAAGCUUGAAUGCACUGACGAUGACUUUCGAGUCCCUGGGGAUUGGCAAGAACAUGCAACGGCUUGUCAUUCUGAUUGCAUCCGUGACCGCAGCGCUGGAAUUGUUUAUCUGGUGCGAGUAUGUCUGGAACUGGUGGGGACGAGAUGACAGCAUGAUUGAGAAAUGA